AUGGCAUAUCCACCGCGCCUCACAGAUGAGCAGUAUGCGGCUCUCGUUUCGGACAUCAAGGAUUGGCAAAUCACUCAUGGAUCACUCUUGAAGCUUGUUCACACGGAUGAGGAGAAUUCAGUUCAAUGCCAUCCCGUCGGCACCACCCUCUUCCCCACGUUGUUUCCGAAGGAGCUCUUUGAUGAGGCUCACGAGCUGCAAAGAGUGUACAACAAACUCUACGCGGCUGUGGCUGAAGAUGACGAGUGGCUUCUCGAGGUCUUGAAAGACCUCAUAGACGUUGAUGAUCUUGCGAGUGCAUUAUGGGACAUCUAUCAAGAGGUGAAGGAAGAAGGAUGUGUUCAGGACUUGACGCUUGGUAUUUUUAGGUCUGAUUACAUGUUGCAUGCCAAUCCGACUGAGAGCUCUCAACGACCUCAACUCAAGCAAGUGGAGUUGAACACCGUCGCUUGCGCGGGCGGAGUACAUACGAACGUCGUCUCCGACAUGCACAGGCAUCUCCAUCGAACCAAUGCAUAUCGAUCGAAUCAUCCGGCAAGCUCUGGCGACGUGAACAUCGGCUCCUCAUCUCUACCGCCGAAUUCAACACUCAAAGCACUAUCCGCUGGCCUUGCAGCUGCUCACAAAGCAUAUGGUCCUGCUAAGAGCCAGGGCUUGACAGAGACGUGCAUCCUCUUCAUCGUUGCAGCAGACAACUUCAACAUCGUAGACGAACGGCCGAUCGAGUAUGCUCUGUGGGGCGAGUCUAUCCCUUCAUAUCGAGUCUCCUGGGGACACGAUGUUCUGGCUCAUACAUCCCUCACUCCAACACGUGAGCUUCUCUACCAUCCACAGUCGCGACCUAUUGCGGUGGAAGUCAGCGUCGUGUACUUUCGCAGCGGCCUCGAAGUUCACGAAUACAAUGAGAUCGGACGAAUGGCAAGACUACAGCUUGAGAAAUCACGAGUCAUCAAGUCACCUUCCAUCCUUUCCCACUUGACUGGAUUCAAGAAGGUGCAACAAGCUCUCACCGCGCCUGGUGCACUCCAACGAUACCUUACUCCCGAAGAAGCAACCAAAAUCUCGCGUACUUUUGCGCCAAUGUAUCCACUUGAUGAUACACCAUCUGGGCAGCACGCGAGGACGCUGGCAUUAGAUCCAAACACUGCGCGUAAUCACGUGUUGAAACCGUCACUUGAGGGUGGAGGCCACAAUGUGUACGGUGAAGAGACCGUUGCGUUUCUGAAACAAACGCCCGAAGAGCUCUGGCGAAGCUACAUCCUGAUGGAGAAGAUCAUUCCGCCCGUACUGAACAACUUCAUGAUGUCGAGCCGAGGCUUCUACGAAGGGCCGGUGAUCUCAGAACUCGGAAUAUUUGGAGUCUGUCUCUGGAAGCGGGUUCAAGAUGGAGAGAAACUACGAGCGGAGAUGGUCUCGGAGCUCGAUCCAAGUUGGAGUCUCAGGACAAAGGAUGCCAGUGUUGAUGAAAUGAGCGUGGUAAAGGGAUAUGGGUGCUUUGACAGUCCUGCUCUGGUAGACUGGGACAUCUUCAUGUCGGUUCUCAAAGCUUGA